AUGAAGGACACCAAGAAGGUUUCUAGAAACCUAUCUGAAAACGAAAUUCAAGAAUCGCUGAAUCCGUCAAUCUCAUACGGAGUUUCUGUUUUCUGUUAUGCAGUGAUUGCUGUAUCUCAGACUUGUCCUGCUACUAAUGUUGGUAAAUGCGGUGAUCAGGAUGAUUGGGUAGGGGAGUUUUUCCCUGGCAUUUCCAAAAUUAAAUAUGAGGGGCCUUCGAGUAAGAAUCCGCUUUCAUUUAAAUGGUAUAAUGCAGAAGAGGAAAUUCUUGGGAAGAAGAUGAAGGAUUGGUUCAGAUUUAGUGUUGCAUUUUGGCAUACAUUCCGUGGAACAGGUGGUGACCCGUUCGGUGCACCUACCAAACAUUGGCCAUGGGAAGAUGGUACCAAUUCAUUAAGCAUGGCUAAAAGAAGGAUGAGAGCAAAUUUUGAGUUCAUACACAAACUUGGUGUCGACUUUUGGUGCUUUCACGAUAGGGAUAUAGCACCUGAUGCGCCUACUCUUGAGGAAACAAAUGCAAACCUGGAUGAAGUGGUGGCUCUUGCUCAAGAGCUUCAGACUAAGGGUAAAAAGAGCGUUUUGUGGGGAACAGCUCAGUUGUUCAUGCAUCCUCGCUAUAUGCAUGGUGCUGCUACUAGCUCUGAGUUAGGGGUCUAUGCAUAUGCGGCUGCUCAAGUGAAGAAAGCCAUGGAGGUGACACAUUAUUUGGGAGGAGAAAAUUAUGUGUUUUGGGGUGGCCGUGAGGGUUAUCAAUCUCUUUUGAACACAGAUAUGGAACGAGAGCUUGAUCACUUGGCUAGAUUUUUGGAAGCUGCUGUUGCGCACAAAGAGAAGAUCGGAUUCAAUGGGACACUUUUAAUUGAACCAAAGCCACAAGAGCCUACAAAACACCAGUAUGAUUGGGAUGUUGCAACUACAGCUAAUUUCUUGCGAAAAUAUGGACUUAUAGGAGAAUUCAAAAUUAACGUUGAGUGCAACCAUGCCACCCUAUCUGGUCACAGUUGUCAUCAUGAGCUUGAAACUGCAAGGAUUAAUAGAUUGUUGGGUAAUAUUGAUGCAAAUACUGGUGAUCCUCAAGUUGGUUGGGACACAGAUCAGUUUCUCGUAGAUAUCCAAGAGGCAACAAUGAUUAUGAUCAGCGUUAUCAGAAAUGAUGGAAUUGCACCAGGUGGAUUCAACUUUGAUGCCAAAUUGCGGAGAGAGAGCACAGAUGUUGAAGACCUGUUCAUAGCUCAUAUUGUUGGAAUGGAUACAAUGGCCCGAGGCCUCAGAAAUGCUGCCAAGCUAGUUCAGGACGGUUCUCUGGCCGAGCUUGUCCGCAAGCGAUAUCAAAGUUUUGAUACAGAAAUUGGGUCUCAAAUAGAGGCUGGAAAAGCUGACUUUGAUUUCCUUGAGAAGAAGAUCAAGGAAUGGGGAGAGCCAAAGGUUGCUUCUGCAAAACAGGAGCUAGCUGAGAUGAUCUUCCAGUCUGCAAUGUAG